GGUGACUUCCAACAUGGUUUGGCGGCAGAGUAGGGAGUCUGUAAGCUCUCCAUGCUGCAGGAGCAUUUACAGGUCGAUUUCUGUCUUAUUUGCCCUUGUGGCUUUAGUAAACUCACUAAGUCUUCCUCAGUCGAAGAAUCCUGCCUUCCCAGUCACUGUCACUUGUGAUGAAAAUGAAAUGAGAGUUGAGUUUCCAAGCAGUUUUGACAUGGAAAAAUGGCAUCCUUCUGUGAUGGAUACCUCUGGUAUUGAAAUUUUAAACUGCACUUAUGCUGUGGACUCAGAAAAGCUCAUCAUGAAAUUCCCUUAUGAAACCUGUGCUACAAGAGUGGUCGGUGGGUACCACGUGACCAUCAGGGUACAGGACAACAGUACUGACAUAAGAUAUGAAGAUGAUCUGCAUUUCUCCUGCCCAUUUCUGAAAACAGAGAUCUAUGAGUUUUCAGAAACCAUAGUCUGCACUAAGGAGUUUGUAUCUUUUUCCUUCCCUUAUGUUUUUUCUAAGUUUGCUGAUGAUGCUCAGAAUAAUGCAUCUGAGAUGGGAUGGAUUGUUAAGCUUGGCAAUGGUACAAAAGUCCACACUCUGCCCCUGAAGGAUGCCUUAAGACAAGGAUUUAGUCUUCUAAUUGACACCCAGAAAAUAACCCUCGAUAUACCAAGCAAUGCUACUGGAGUAGCUCACUAUGUGCAAGGGACCAGUCAUCUCUAUACUGUGCAGCUGAGGCUUUUGUUCUCCAUUCCUGGGCAGACGGUCACCUUUGCCUCACAAGCUGUCUGUGCAUCAGAUCUUUCUGUGGCUUGCAAUGCUACACACAUGACUCUCACCAUACCAGAAUUUCCUGGGAAGCUAACGUCUGUGGACUUUGGAAAAAGCAGCAUCCCCGAGAUUCAAUGGCAUGCCAGUGGGAUCGACAAAGAAGAAACAAAUGGCUUGAGACUGCAUUUCAGAAAAAGUCUCCUGAAAACGAAACCCUCUGAAAAAUGUCCACCCCAUCAGUUCUACGUCUCUUCACUCAAGCUGACCUUUUACCUCCAGUCAGACAUGGUAUCCACAGUGAUUGAUCCUGAGUGCCACUGUGAGUCACCAGUCUCUUUAGUUGCAGAUGAACUAUGUACACAGGAUGGCUUUAUGGACUUUGAGGUCUACAGCCACCAAACAAAACCUGCUCUGAACCUGGAGACCCUCCUGGUGGGAAACUCCUCCUGUCAGCCUAUCUUCAAGUCUCAGUCACUGGGCCUCAUAUGGUUCCGUAUACCUCUGAAUGGAUGUGGAACAAGGCAGAAGUUUGAAGGUGAUAAAGUCAUCUAUGAGAAUGAAAUACAUGCUCUCUGGAAAAAUCUACCACCAAGCAUCAUAUUCAGGGAUAGUGAGUUCAGAAUGACGGUAAGGUGUUAUUAUACCAGAGACAGUGUGCUACUAAAUGCCGAUAUCAAAAGCCUUACUUCUCCAGUGGCUUCUGUAAAGCCAGGUCCACUGAUGCUGGUCCUGCAAACCUACCCAGACAAAUCCUACCAACGACCUUAUAAGGAGGAUGAAUACCCUCUAGUGAGAUACCUCCGCCAGCCAAUCUACAUGGAAGUGACUGUCUUGAACAGGAAUGAUCCCAGUAUCAAGCUGGUCUUAGAUGAUUGCUGGGCAACAUCUUCUAGGGACCCAGCUUCUAUCCCCCAGUGGCACAUUGUUGUGGAUGGCUGUGAAUAUGAACUGGACAACUACCGUACUACCUUCCAUCCAGCUGGCUCCUCUGUGGUCCAUCCUGCUCACUACCAGAGGUUUGACGUGAAGACCUUCGCCUUCGUGUCCGAGGCGCAGGGGCUCUCUAGUCUGAUCUAUUUCCACUGCAGUGCCUUGAUCUGCAACCCAGGGUCCCUUGACUCCCCUCUGUGCUCCGUGACUUGCCCUGCACCACUGAGGAGCAAACGAAGCUCAAAAUAUACCCUUGACUAUCUGUCUCCUACCACAGAGGUCAUCAAAGAAGAUACAAUGACAGUUAGCCUUCCAGGACCCAUUCUCUUGUUAUCAGAUGACUCUUCACUUAAAGAUGCUAUGGUCCCCAACAAACACGAGGUUGUCAAGGAUACUGCUUCUAAAACAGUAGCUGCUGUGGCUGCAUUAGUGGGUUCAGUGGUGAUUGUCGGCUUCAUCUGUUACCUGCAUAAGGAAAGAACUAUGAGGCUGGAUCACUAAUUGGACUUGCAAAUAAAGAGGCUGCAGUAGAA